AUGUGGAAAUGCUGGCGGCAUAACAUCUAUCUGUUAUUUCUGCCGCCGCACUCGUCUGCCGUCCUCCAGCCUCUGGAUGUGGCUGUCUUUAGCCUAUUGAAGCAGGCCUUUUGCAAGGAGGUUGUAUAUCUAGAUGGCUGGCUCACGGAUCCAACUAUAGCUGGCAGAAGGGCAUUCCUGGAGUGUUAUUUCAAGGCCCGCAAGAUAUCUACCACAAGCCAGAACAUCAGAAGUGGCUGGAGGGCAGCUGGAUCAUGGCCAGUUGCUAUGAGGCGACCUCUAUCCAACCCCUUGAUAGCCAAGGCCCAGCAGACCACCAGCCAGACCAGCCAGCCCAGCAGCCAACGGUGGGAUGAAGCCGUAUCUAUCGUCCCAUGGUCAACCCCUCAUCGGUCUGCUGAUCUGCGGCAUCAACUACACCAGUUAACCCAGCUGGGCCAGGAUGGGUUAGACACCCAUACUAUUCGUCACCUAUGUAAAAAGGUGCAAAUGGGGUAUGGUGAGCAGGCAUCCAGACUGGCCCUUCUAGAAAGGCAAGUUAGCGCAUUACAGGCCAAGCUGGAGGACCAGCGGUCACGUAAGAGCAAAAAGGUCCCCCUAUCGCCCAACAGCACCUUCGCCACUAUAGGACAUAUUCAACGGACAAGAAAUACGGAUACCGGCGAUACAGAUAGUCCGGAUGAAUCCAGCGAAGCCGAAAAUUGCAUAUGGAUGAGCGACAAGCCUUAG